AUGGGGCGCAGGUCUCGCCGCGGCGGGAUGCAUCCUCAUCUCUUCCAGGCGAGGAAGGUGCAGCUCCUACCUCUGCCCAGUGUCUUUCUGAUGGAGUUUCUGUUGGUAGGUGUCUGCAAUGCUCCGCCACGUUUCCCAUCUGCAGAACUCAAAGAGGAAUACCAAGGCAUUACCUCAUUUUCCCAUAAUUCAAAGGUAGAAUACGUCUGUCGUCCAGGUUACAUGAGAAACGUUAAUGCCCGAAACAUCCUUAUUUGUGGAAGGAACAGUAGGUGGUACGGCACAGAACAGGAUAUCUGCGUACCAAAACCAUGUGCCUACCCUGGAGAGCCGGACAACGGCAGACUUGUCAUGGGAGAAAAUUUCAGUUUUGGUUCAACAGUGAGCUUCACCUGCAACACUGGGUACAGACUGGUUGGAAAUCCUCAAAUUCAAUGUGUGAUUAAAAAUGGGGUUGUUACAUGGGACAGAGAUAUUCCCAUCUGUGAGCCCAUACCAUGUUUACCACCUCCAAAAAUAGCUAAUGGAGAGCACAGCGAAGCUGACAAAGAGCUCUUUGAAUACGGAGCAUCUGUCACUUACUGGUGCCACACUGUCAGAAGGGGAGAGACACCUUUCUCACUGGUGGGAGAUGCCUCUAUUUUCUGUACAACCACAGAUAACAUAAACGGUGUCUGGAACAAGCCAGCCCCAGAGUGCAAAGUGAUUAACUGUGAGUAUCCGAGCGUGAAGGACGGGAAGGUGCUGAGCGGGUACCGGCACACGUACACCUACAGAGACACCGUCAUGUUCGACUGCAAUUUCCGCUACACCAUGAACGGCAGCGAAACGUCCACCUGCAAAGAAAACGGCCUCUGGGACCCUCCGCUGCCGCUCUGUCAGCUCAGUAGCUGUGAUGAUCCUCCAGAUGUGCAUAAUGCUUUUAAAGCAAAACUUGCUGGCAAUCUGUUUCCUGUGGAUACUAUCAUCACCUACGAGUGCAAGGAGGGCCAUCAGUUCAGCCCGGGAGAAAAUACGCGGCACAUUAAGUGUCUGCCGGGUUUUACAUGGUCUGAAACUCCACAACCUUGUGAAAGAAUUCAUUGCCCAAAUCCAGAUGUCAGGAAUGGAAAGCUCUUAAAUGCAUGGAGAGAAAAUUAUGCAUAUGGAGACACACUGGAAAUUACGUGUAAUGAUGGCUAUGCUUUCAAAGGUCAUGGCAAUAGCAUUGUGCUUCAGUGUUUAAGUGACGGUAGAUGGGAUCCAGAAGGUUCAGAUGUUCUUGAUAACUGUCUUCUCCAUAGAAAGAAUCUUCCCUGGUUCUUUCUGAAAAUACAUGAUGUCCUUUAUUCUCCAUUGUUUCUAGAAAGUCAUUGCCCAAGGCCAGAUACUGCUCAUGGAACAGAGGUUUACAACAGCAGAAAUGACUACACAGUUGGGACCCAAGUGAGGCUGGGAUGUGAUACGGGCUAUGUCCUCAGGGGCCAGGACUUGACCGAGUGUCAGGCUGAUGCGAGCUGGGCUCCCCCAUUACCGUUUUGUGAUAAAGUCUGUGACCCCCCUCCAAGAAUCACCAACGGGCAGCACUCUGGCUUGAGAACGGAGCAGUUCCCCUACGGCGCAGAGGUGACGUACAGCUGUGCGGAGGGUCUGUCCCUCAUUGGGGACGCCUCCAUCUACUGCACCUCCGACGACGGGGUGAACCUGGCGUGGAGCGGACCUGCCCCGGAGUGCAGGGUGGUUCGGUGCCCCAAGCCCACAGUCGAGAGGGGAAGGAUGACUCCGCAGAGGUUCACGUUUCCCUACGGGGUGGCUGUGCAGUUCUCCUGUGACGAAGGCUUCAUGCUGCAUGGCGAUGCUGAGAGCCGGUGCCUGGCUGACAGUGCCUGGCACCCUCCCCUGCCCACCUGCCAGCCAGUUCAGUGUCCCCAACCCUCAAGACAGGAGAUGCUAGUGAUUUACCCUGCUAAAUUAUUGUACGAGGUGAAUGAAACUCUGUCGUUCCACUGCGGACGUAGUAGCCGUUCAGCAGUAAUCUCAAAAACUACCUGCUCAGCUAAGGGCACUUGGAUACCACCACCCACAUGUAAAAAGCGUGAUAAGUGUGAGAAGAUUCUUCAAAGUAGUGAAGAUUUCCAGUGUGGAGUUCCUCUGACAGAACUGAAAACUCUGCUGGAAGUCCAGAAACUGUACCUGGAGAUCCAGAAACUUGAAAGGGAGCUAAGAAGCACAGCAAACGGCUAA